AAGCUUUAUGAACCGCCGAUCUAGUUCACUGUUGAUCACUCGAUCUUGAUGUUAUUUAAUUUCUAUUGAUAAACAAUUUUAGGCAGAGGGGCACGUCUCCAGAUAACCUUGGGACCCAAUUAAUAUAGCGUUGACGCAAUGGUGCGCCUUUCCGCUCGUUGCCUCAUGGCCUGCCAACGCAGCCAGGAUGCUGCCAACUUUGUAUUUGAGGGCAAGAAGAUUAUUGGAGUUGCACUUAAUUAUAUGUGCGCUGUCAAUGCCAGGAAAGUGCCGGUGCCCAAGGAGCCAAUUGUUUUUUUGAAACCAACAACUUCUUAUAUACGCGAGGGCUCCCCGAUCGUGUUACCCAAAGUGUUCACCAAGGUUGCCUACGAAGUGGAACUGGGCGUCAUCAUCGGAUCGCGUUGCAAGAACGUCUCGAGAGAGCAAGCAAUGCAACAUGUUGGCGGCUAUUGCUUGGCUCUGGAUCUAACCGCCCAAUGUAAUCUGACUGCGGCACGUGCAACUGGCGGCUCCUGGACACUGGGCAAGGGAUUUGAUACCUCAACGCCUGUCUCUCGCCUAAUACCCCUGGAUGCUGUCAAUGAUCCCCAUGCGCUGCCCCUGUGGCUGAAGGUUAAUGGGGAAGUACAGCAGAGUGGUUGCACCGCAGAUCUGGUAUUCAAAGUGCCGGACAUUAUUGCCUAUGUCUCAAAAUAUAUGACUUUGGAGCCCAAUGAUCUGAUACUCACAGGCACACCACAUGGAUCCGAUGCCUUCAAAGCUGGCGAUGUCAUCGAGUGUGGCCUGGCAGAUCUAGCCACCAUGAAGUUCAACGUGUGCGAUGAAUAAAUUCAGACUUAUCUUACAACUAA